GAAGAGGGCAGGGUGGGGAGAGAGGGAGCUCCUGCUGAACUAGUCCAGAAAGUGUAGAAAAGGAGAUUUCAAGAUAUUGAAUCUUGAAGCAAUGUCUUUCCUUUGUUUGGGUAGCAGAUACCUAGCUAUCUUUCUUGUUUGUGCCUCAUUUGGCUAUACUUCUGCAGAGCUGGAGAUAAAAGUUAAUCCUCCUGAGGAUUUUGAGAUAAUUGAUCCUGGAUAUUUAGGUUUCUUGUAUUUGCGUUGGCAACCUCCAGUGUCCCUGGAAAACUUCAAACAAUGUACUGUAGAAUACGAAUUACAGUUCCGAAGCAUUGAUGGUGGAAGAUGGAAAACUGUCAUCACUAAGAAUCUGUAUUACAAAUAUGGGUUUGAUCUAAACAAAGGCAUUGAAGCCAAAAUCCAUACUCUUUUGCCAAAGCAAUGCACGAACGGAUCAGAAAUUCGAAGUUCAUGGUCAGAAGCUACAUACUGGAUGCCAGAGCAAGGAAAUGUGGACACUAAAAUUCAAGAUAUUGAUUGCGUGUAUUACAACUGGCAAAAUUUGUUCUGUUCUUGGAAACCAGGCAAAGGUAUACGUUUUGAUGCCAAUUACUAUCUGUUUUACUGGUAUGACGGUUUGAAUCAUGCAUUACAAUGUACUGAUUAUAUCAAGAAUAAUGGAAAAAAUGUUGGAUGCAAGUUUCCCCAACUUGAGUCAUCAGAAUAUAAAGAUUUCUAUGUCUGUGUUAAUGGAUCAUCAAACUCCAUGCCUAUCAGAUCCAGCUAUUUCAUUCUGCAACUUCAAAAUCUAGUGAAACCUAUACCACCAGACUAUCUUGACAUUGAUGUAUCAAAUGUGCUUGAAGUCAACCUGCAGUGGAAUGUACCAAGAGGACCCAUUCCAGCCAAGUGCUUCAUCUAUGAGGUCGAGCUCACUGAAGAUGAUACUCCUUGGAUUACCACCACGUUUGACAAUCAAUUGUACGUCAUUAGAACAUCAAAUGAAAGUCAUGAAUUAUGCUUUUCAGUAAGAAGCCGAGUGAACAUCUAUUGUGCAGAUGAUGGGAUUUGGAGUGAAUGGAGUAAUGAAGAAUGUUGGAGAAGUGACACAUGGGAAGAGACUUUGGUUUUUUUUGUGAUACCGUUUAUUCUUGUGUCAUUUUCUAUUUUGAUGACAACUUGUCUGCUUCUGUUUAAACAAAAAUAUUUACUGAAAAUGAUCUUUCGUAAGGAAAAGGAGGCUUUUCCUCACCGAACAUCACUCUGUUGACUUACCAACUUUCACUAAUGUGGUAAAGUGUUAAACAUAAGUGUCAUUAAACAUUUUUUUUUGCUUCAAA